AUGGGAUUAGCAUACUUAUUGACUCCUAGACAUGCUGUGACAGGAUAUUUUUUUGAGGACGAUAAAAUUGACAUUAUGAGUUCGGUAGAGGAGUUUUCAGCUGGCUUAUCUUCGGAAAUUGCUUGUAAGGCACAAGAACAAAUCAUAUCGUUUGUUGAAGAAAUGUCCAUGCUUCCGCAGAAAAAAAGAGAUUUCUUGUUUAAAAUGUCAGUAGGAAACUAUUGGAAUAUCAUUGGAAAGGAAAAGUAUCCAGAACUAUCCAAAAUAGCACAGCCGAUUAGUGAUAUGAUUUGUUCUUCAGCUACUGCAGAAAGAGUGUGGUCAACGUUUGGAUUCAUACAUUCGCGAUUAAGGAAUAGAUUAACAAAUGAACGAAGUAAACAUUUAAAUGUCUUCAACUCCUCAAAAAAAAAAGGAAAACUUCCUGAGGAAGUAGCUAAAUUGUAUGGUGGAGGCUCAAGUAAAAAUAAAAAUAAGGAACAGAGAACAAAACAUUACAAUCCGGACAAAACCAGGAAUAAAUUUUGGAAAAUUAAUGAUUUUUUCAACAAAUCGAGUGACAUUUGUGGAUCUCGUUUUAAUGAAAACCGUGAAAUACGUCCAGCCGAAAAUACAGCUCCAACAGAUGAAACACUGACAGAAAUAAAUUCAUUACUAACUUCAGCUUUCACAGUGUCCAACGAAUAUGAACAACUUACCAAAUGCGAUGAACGAAAUGUUGAUAAACUAUUCACAGUAAUGGGAAAUAUGAAUAAGACCAUGCUUGAAUUAAUCACUCAAUUGAAAAAUGCAAUCAUCUUGAAGAAUGAAGCCACUAUAAAUAAAUUUACCAAUGAGCUUAAAUCAUGUACAUCAUUCAUUAGCAAUGAAAUCAAUCAUGUAAAGAAGGAAAUCAGGGAUAUUAAGCGUAAUGAUGAAACGGAAUGUUUAAGAGUGAUUCAUUUAUGUUCGCGUGAUUUAAAAAGAGUGUGGAUACGAUUUGCUUACUCUUCAGACGCUGAAUAUUUUAGAGCUAAAAACUCAUUUACAUCGAUUAAGGAACUGCUUUCACAGUUAAAUAUUAGGAUUAAUAUGGCUCAAUAUCCAAUCGAAUCAUUCUUUUAUCAAUCAAAAAAAUUCUCUUCAGAUCAAAUAAUGCCAGAAAUUGCUCUGUGUUGCAUAUUUGUCAAUCAAACAUUGGCUUCAGUUGUUAAAAAUGGUAUCAGAAAAUUCAAUAAAGGACUAGAGGAAAAUGGACAGUCAACGCUUAUCAGAUAUAAAGUUAAUACUGACUGGUCAUAUGAAAUUCGCUCAAUUUUGAACCCUUGUAAUGAAAUGAUGCGCUUCAAGGUCAUUGAUAAAGUUUACAUAACAAAUGAUGGUCUCAAAGUAUUUCACAAAGAAUUGCACAGACAGAAUAACUCAACAUACACCUCAUCAUUUGUUAAUUUACUAAGCAAACUUGACUCACUUCGUAAAAAGCUACAAGAUUUUAAUUGCACAGUGCCUACAUUGCAAGCAUACAAUUCCGACUAUUUUGCUAAAACUGUCGAGGAAAAAUUAAAAAUUAGAGAAGCUUAUGAUACCCAAUUACACUCAAACAUUGAAGAAUAUGACGUCUCUCAGGAUGAUGAAAUGGAUGCAUCUAUAGUAUCCACCGCCUCACAACCAAUAUGA